UCGACAAGUACCGCGCAUGAUUCGAUGCAAUCAGUGUGUGCGAGUGUCGAACGACGCCUGAUCAUCCGAAAGAAACAAACAAUUCUUCAAAUUUCCUCGCUUACAUUGUGGUGUCCGAUGUGCUACCUAUAAAACCCUGCGAAUUCAGCCGCACCGCACCGCACCUCCAAGACCGGAGCCAGCUGAAUUCGUUCAAUCACGUUCGCGUCGCCCCGCACGAUCGCUCGCAAAGUGCUCCCACGCCAACAACGACACUUCAGUUCUCAGCCACAUCUAAUCAGCACUAAUGUUCACCAAGAAGGCCAGAUUGGGAGGCUUCCGCAUACCUUCUGCACAACGCGACAUGGACGUGCCGAUCACCUCCGACAUCGUGCUGCUCAGCGGUAAUUCGCACCCGGAGCUGGCGGACCUCAUCGGCAACCGACUGGGCGUCAAGUCGGGCGGCUGUGCUGUCUACCACAAGACCAACAGGGAGACUAUGGUGGAGAUUGGGGAUUCAGUCAGAGGCAAGGAUAUUUACAUCAUUCAAACUGGCACCAAGGACUGCAAUAAUAACAUUAUGGAACUACUGAUUAUGGCCUAUGCAUGCAAGACUUCCUCAGCCAAGUCUAUUGUUGCAGUUAUUCCUUAUCUUCCAUACAGCAAACAAUGUAAGAUGCGUAAACGUGGCUGCAUUGUCUCCAAGCUUCUCGCGAAGAUGAUGUGCAAUUCAGGCUUGACACACAUUAUCACCAUGGAUCUGCAUCAGAAGGAAAUUCAAGGCUUCUUUGAGUGUCCCGUGGACAAUCUGCGAGCCAGCCCGUUCCUGUUACAGUACAUUCAGGAGUGUAUUCCGGAUUAUCGCAAUUCAAUAAUUGUGGCACGCAACCCCGGCUCGGCGAACAAGGCCACCUCAUACGCGGAGCGUCUUCGUCUCGGCAUUGCCGUGAUUCACGGCGAACAAAAGGGAGCGGAAUCAGAUGAGGUGGAUGGGCGUUAUUCGCCGCCAACGCUUCCGCGCUCACGUACGAUGGACGCUGGCGUCGGCGUACCUGCGCAUCCCGCCAAGGAGAAGCCUCCAAUCAAUGUUGUAGGUGAUGUCGGUGGACGCAUCGCUAUCAUGGUGGACGACCUAAUCGAUGAUGUACAGUCUUUUGUGGCGGCGGCAGAGGUGCUCAAGGAGCGGGGCGCAUACAAGAUUUACGUACUCGCCACACACGGACUCUUAUCAUCGGACGCGCCGCGUUUGAUUGAAGACUCGCCAAUUGAUGAGGUGGUUGUGACAAACACGAUUCCGCACGAGCUCCAGAAGAUGCAAUGUCACAAAAUAAAAACAGUGGACAUCUCGAUUCUGCUCUCGGAGGCAAUCCGCCGUAUCCACAACAAGGAAUCAAUGUCCUACCUCUUCAAGAACGUCACGCUAGAGGACUAGCUUGCCGCGGCAGCUCUCUUUAUCGCGUUGUAUCAUUCAAGUCCUUACUUUCAACGUUCAAAGAGCUAUUUUUUCCAAAAUUUGUUACAUAUAAAUAAGAGUAAGCAUAUUUUAAGCUAGGGCUAAGAGCGCGACUGGGGAACGGUGACAGUAUCAUGCAUUCAGUAUUUCGUUAACUCCUUUAGAAAUGACAGUAUACAUUUUAUUUCCAUGCAUAACGUUUUAGUAUUCUGAGAGGUUUAUAUAUACGAUGCGUACACAUUUCCAUUGUGUCGUGAAUUGUGUAUUCUUGAACACCACGGUUGAUAGUUAACUCUUCUGUUUCGUGCAGCGAUGCAUCUGAUUGAUUCUCGUAUCUACUUUAUGAUUACAUACAUUAGCGAAUAUAAACAUGUUAAGAUUAGUUAAAUUUUAAAAAGUUUAUGAGUCUCUAGUUUGAAAUGAAGGAAAUGUUUAAUUGUAAGUUACUGUACAACAAACAAUAAAAUGGAGUAGAUGAA